AUGGCUAGAGUUCGGCGCUACGUGGAACGCGACAAGAACUUCCCGAGCAUCAUCAUCUGGUCUUUGGGCAACGAAGCCGGCAAUGGAAUCAAUCAUCACCGGACCUACAUGUGGCUGAAGCGGCGAGAUCCGACGCGGCCUGUCCAGUACGAGCAUGCAAGAUGGAGAACUGAUCCAGACUGGAACACGGACAACAUUGAGAAAAUGGACGCGAAUACCGACAUUUAUUGUCCCAUGUACCCCAGCCACAAGAAGCUGGAAAAGUAUGGGGAGCUUUACGAGGGCGAUGUCCACGCGCGACCUCUCAUUAUGGUUGAGUAUGCCCAUGCCAUGGGUAACUCUCUGGGAGCCUUCAAAGAGUACUGGGAUGUCAUCUACAAGUAUGGCGUCCUACAGGGCGGCUUCAUAUGGGACUGGGUCGAUCAAGGCCUGGAGACCCAGAAGAACGGCAAGAAGAUUUGGGCCUUUGGUUCGGAUUUCGGGGGCAAAGACACCCCGACCGAUUUGAACUUCUGCAUCAAUGGCCUCGUUCAGCCGGAUCGGAAGCCCAAUCCGCACCUCUUUGAGGCAAAGAAGGUCAUGCAGUUCGUUACCUACCGAGCUGUGGAUUUGGCCACGGGCAUCAUCGAAGUUCGAAAUCGCUACGAUUUCCUGACACUGGAGCAUCUGGAGUUCUCAUGGCAGAUAUCCCAGAACGGCCUGGUCACAGAGUCGGGCAAGUUGCCAGGCUUGAGCACGGGCCCGCAUCAAGCGGAGAACAUUCUGAUUCCAUUGCCUCAGCUCAAUGCAGGGCCACGUUGUGAAGUGCACCUGCUUGUGUCCGCCUGCAUGCGAGCAGCCGGAGGAUGUUUCGAAGCUGGCGACGAAGUCGCUUGGGAGCAAUGGCUCCUCCACCCUCCCCACAAGGAGGAGGUGCCAGUGGCCAUCACUGGCCCAGAGCCGGCAGUGGAUCAGUCUCCAGAACUGGUCACAGUCACAGCCGGAGCACUCACUGCGCGCAUCGAAGUGUCUCGCGGUUGCCUUUGUAGCCUCGCCUUGGGGGGCCUGGAGCUCCUGGCCUCACCGCUGCUGCCAAGCUUCUGGCGGCCUCCGACGGACAACGACUACGGAGCCAAUCUGCAGAAUGACAUGAAGUGCUGGAGGUUUGCAGGGCAAAGGGCCACUGUGACGAAUGGUCUUCGCAUCGAACCCGGCCCUGGUGCUGUGAGCAUUGGUGCUGAGCUUCUGGUUGGAGCAGGGGCGAAGCUCCACCUGGACUUCCGGGUUUCCGGUGCUGGAGUGGUGGUGGCGGCAAAGUGGCGGCCUGCCAGGAAGGAUGGACCACAGCUCGCCACCGCGGGCUCCGUGGGAUAUCUGAAGGGCUCAACCCAUCGCCACAUCGACGUGGAAGGAAACGUGGUGCGAGCACGUUGGAACGACAUGGGUGCGUGGCAAUCCCUGACGAUGAACGUUGCUGGCAAGGAAGCUGGAAAGCCCCUGGAAGACGGUGAUAAGCUCGCACUGCAGGCGGUGACCGGCAAGACCGAGAGCAAGCUGUUGCUACAUGGCCUUGUGCCAAUCCCCUCUGCUGCGACAACGCCUCCGGGUUAUGCUGGCGCAGCCUGUGCAGUUGAAGCGACUGGAGAUCCUCAG